AACCUCGCUUUAAAAUGGCGGCAUUCAGUAUACACCCCUGCUAAAGGCUCUCCCGGCACCGGGGCCACCUCGCGCAGCGCUGCUUUUGCUUCUGCCGCUAACACAUGGCAUGUGCCGCUGUCGCUGCCGCUGCCCCUACUGCUGCCGCUGAGAGCAGGGCCCCUUAGCCUCUGGGUUUGCGCUAGCAGCAUAAGGUUCUGAAAAGUGCCUUUUCUGAAAACUCUGCUGCUUGGAUUCUACUCUAGAGCUGUCUCUUUACCAACCCCUCUCCCUGCCACACCCUUCCCCGCUCCCUGCCUCCUACAAAACCUGGCGUGCUUGUAGUUCACUUGUCAGCAACUUGUCCAUUUUUUUUUUCUGUGAUUCGCAGUUUUCUUAGUCAUUUUCUCGCCCCUCGAUUUUGCAGCAAAGCUGGUUUUCGGGUUGUAACAUCUUCCCCAGUCUUACUCUUUAGAACUAAGAAAUAGGGAGAAAAACUGUUCUCUCCCUGAUCUGAGACCCUUGCACAAAUUGAAGGGCAGCAAGCAGCAUAUGCUUUUUAUAAGAAUAAUUGAAAACAUCAACUAGACAGCACAGAAUUCUUUUGAAAGCCUGCCAGUUUUUUGAGGCAAAUUCAGCAAAGGAACAAAAUAAACCAUUCACUAUCUAUAAGCUUUACAGUUGCCUUCUUAGGAGUUGGUCUCUAAUUUGAUUUUUAGUUAUUCUGAUACAACUUUGAUUUUAUGAGUGACUUUUUAUUUGACUAGAUCAGAUUUGACUUAAAUGGAAACCUAAGUGCUAACAAAUAGACAUUCUGCCAAAGCAACUUGGUGUCUUUCACAUUUACCCCUAAUUCAUUUUUAGUCCUUUAACAAUCCAUAGUGAUAUUCUCCUAAAGAGGGUGCACUUGAUUAUAAUUUUGCUUUCAAUAUGACUGCUGUCAAUGUUGCCCUGAUUCGUGAUACCAAGUGGCUGACUUUAGAAGUCUGCAGAGAAUUUCAGAGAGGAACUUGCUCUCGACCUGAUGCAGAUUGCAAGUUUGCCCAUCCACCAAGAGUUUGCCAUGUGGAAAAUGGUCGUGUGGUAGCCUGUUUUGAUUCUCUAAAGGGUCGGUGUACUCGCGAGAAUUGCAAGUACCUUCACCCUCCUCCACACUUAAAAACGCAGCUGGAGAUUAAUGGACGUAACAAUCUGAUUCAACAGAAGACUGCAGCAGCCAUGUUCGCCCAGCAGAUGCAGCUUAUGCUCCAAAAUGCUCAGAUGUCAUCACUUGCUUCUUUUCCUGUGAAUCCGUCCAUUGCGGCUAAUCCUGCCAUGGCUUUCAAUCCUUAUGUACCUCAUCCUGGGAUGGGCCUAGUUCCUGCAGAACUUUUACCAAAUACGCCUGUUCUGAUUUCUGGGAAUCCACCUCUCGCUUUGCCAGGAGUUGCUGGUCCAAAACUGAUGCGUUCGGAUAAACUGGAGGUUUGCCGUGAAUUUCAGCGUGGGAAUUGUACCCGGGGGGAGAACGAUUGCCGCUAUGCUCACCCUACAGAUGUUUCCAUGAUUGAAGUGAGCGAUAAUACUGUGACAAUCUGCAUGGAUUACAUCAAAGGUCGAUGCUCCCGGGAGAAAUGCAAGUACUUUCAUCCUCCCGCACACUUGCAAGCCAAACUCAAGGCAGCUCAUCACCAGAUGAACCACUCGGCUGCCACGGCGAUGGUAAGAGCAGACCAGCAGUUGCAGCCUCUCCAUUUUGGGGCCCUGCAGCCUGGUGCACUUCAACUGAUACCAAAGAGAACGGCCAUUGAAAAGCCCAACGGUGCCACCCCGGUCUUUAAUCCAAAUGUUUUCCACUGCCAACAGACUCUGGCUAACAUGCAGCUCCCACAGCCGGCAUUUAUCCCAACAGGGCCAAUACUGUGCAUGGCACCCGCUUCAAGUUUUGUGCCCAUGAUGCACGGUGCUACACCUACCGCUGUGUCUGCCGCAACAACACCUGCAACCAGCGUUCCCUACGCUGCAACAACUACAGGCAAUCAGUCGAAAUUCUGAACAGCAGAGUCACGGAGUACCGGAAUCUCUCCAUGAGAACCUCCAUAUGGCCUUUCUAUAUGUAUUCUCAAAUGUCCUCUUCUACCAACACAACAAUAAGCAUGGUGCAGUCAAUAUAUUAAGCAGAGAAAAUGUACCAGCCAACAAAUUUGAAUAAAAAACGAAGCAUUAAAAAUCAGCGAAGAUGGUAAAACAAGACCCAUAUAGAAAGCUAAUAACUACUGCCCAUCUUGUUUGAAUUAUCAGGUAGAAUAUGACCAUAAAAUUUGUGAUUUUCCAAUAACCAGUAUGCUAAAUUAAUUUCCACACUGUACUGUUGGCUUACUCUACAUUCUUGGUGGAUAAAUGUUUAUCUGUUUUUGAAGUGUUACCUUACUAUUGUGUUUACAGGAUAGUCUAUUGGGUUGAUUUAGAAUGUAACAAAUAUGUCCAGUACCAUCUUCCCCAUCGUUGUGUUGUACUGGUUUGGGUUGAAUUUAGUCUUAUAUACUACAGUGUUUUGCUGUAUGUGUGUGGUGUUUGGUAAAAAUUAAAAUGUUACUAGUGGGGAACAGAAGUAUAUGUGCUUGAAAACAUGACAGGAUUAUGUUAAUAUGCUCUCUUUAGAAUCUUUCUGUAGGUUUCUAGAGGCAGAUAUGUAAAAGGCCUCACUUUUGAGUGUGCACAAAACCUGGUCAUAAACAUGCAUGUAUAUAAUUUGUACCUGUAGAUCUGACCCUGCAUAAUUCAGUAAGCUUGCUAGAUUUUUUUGUGAGAGAGAAAUAAUUACCACCCAAAGUAAGGAACUUCUUCAAACAUGAACUCCUAAUACACUCCUCUUAAAUGGCUUAAAAAUGGAGAAUUUUUCCUUUUAAUGAAGUUCUCAGCAUUUAUACUAAAAAUGAUAUAAAGUACCCAUUACAUUUUUUUUGUAUCUCAAGAAAUCCUGUCUCCUAGGUUGAGUGUCUAAAAUUGAGCCAUUUGUCAUCUUCAGCUGAGAAACUGGUACUUGGGAGCUUAAAGGUAUGCUAAUUGCAGGUUAUAAAUCAAACAGAAAGAUGGGGGCGUGGAGAUAGUUUUUACAUACUGGCAGAAAGUGUGUAAAACCAUUGCAAUGUAACCUUUUACACAAGUGCCAUUUCCAAAUGCAAAUGGCUCAUGCUCUUUAGACUACUCUUUGAAUAAUAAGUAAGAUGCAAUCUAGCAAAAGUCAGUCAGGGUGAAAGAGAAUUGGUUCCAAAUGAGGCCUUUCCUCCCCAAAUGGACAAUCUUCUCUAUUGAUCACAGAGGGAGCCUGAGUACAGGUUCAGAGAAAUUGUAGGGAUGGGGGCAGGGAGACAUUUAAAAUUACUCUUUGGUUUAUGCAAAAGAACUUGAAAAGGUGUCCACAAUUGUCUUUAGCUUAAGUUUAACUGAAUUUCCAAUGCUGUUUAACAUUUUAGUGAAGGAGCCAGCACCCAUGACACGUGACAAGUGUUUCCCUGGCCAGAUUUUAACAUCAGAAUCCUUUGCAUCAUAAAGCUUUUUUAUUGUUUGGACUCAUUAACCUUUUUAUAUGUUCAUAGAGAGAUAUUAGCACACUUUGAUUAAUAUAGAGAGGCUAUAUUCCACAGAGAUGAGCUGAAUUUUCAUUACUAAUACUUAUAAAAUAGUUGCACACAGUAAAAAUAGAAAUUAAUCCAUUCCUGUGGUAUAUACAUAGCAUACCUCCUCCAUUCUACUGAAUUAUUAACAUUACUCUUACACAGUGGUAGAAACGUGAUAUUUUACACAAAUUAGAUUUAAUAUUUUCUACUAAAUAUAUAUUCUCCCAUGGGAAAGUAUAAAAACAUAAAAUAUAUAUGUUGUUUUUCUCCUUCAUGAAAAUGACAAUCAAAGAAAAAAUCUGAUUUAGGAUAUCAAAAGCCAGCUGGUAGGUUUGAAUUGUAGAACAAUAGAGUUGGCAAAGAUUUUUCACAGUUGAUCAAACUAAGACCCAGAGCAGGUAACUUGCUCAGGGGUACCCAACCAACUGUAGGACUCAGAACUACCAGUUGUUCCUUCUCCUCACAUUUUGCUUCAGAACAUUUCAGACUCCAUAGGCAAAGCCUGAGCAAAGCAGUUUGGCUCACAAUACAAAAGAACAAAAUUAUCCCAGGUAGUUUGUAUCCCGUUGAUCUUAACUAUCAAUCCAAAUCCUGGUCAACAGUGAUUUCUAGUCAGUCUUGCUUGUAUUGAGCCACUGUUAUCUGUUAACAGUGUUACCUGGAGUAAGAGAUCAAGAGUUGUCCUAACUUUUCCCAGUGGACUCUUUGAACCACUUAAUUUGUUUCCUAAAAUCUUAACACUGCUAGAAAAGAAAGUAGAGUAUGCCUUUUUGAAAUGUCUUUUGUAUACAACUGAAUUUUGUAUAAUCUGUGCCAGUGCCUCUCCAGAAUGGCAGAUCUGAUCACAUAAAUCCAGGAAGGAAGCACCUGAGCUGAUCAGUGGAGAUGAAAUUUUUGUGCAGAAUGAACUUUUAUGGAGUUUGACAUUUUGAUGCAACAUACUAUCUCAUUGAACUUUUUAAACUUGUGGUGUGAUGUACAGAGACAACAAACCUAGAGUUCAGCUGUUUUCCUAUUGCUUUAAGCACUAGAAGACAUUAAAAAUGGCUUAUUUGUAGUAAGAGAUUCAUGGGGGAUAUCCAUGAUAGUUGUAUUUUGGAGCCACAAUUUUCUAUACUGUUGGCAUUUUUAAAGUUGUUAUGUAAAUGAAUUUAAAGAAAGAAAACUCAAAGCCCUAAAGUUUUGAUCAAAUUCAACAGAGUUUUGAGAGAAAUGAAAUUUUAAGAUAGUACUCUUUAAGCUAGUUGUGCAAUGACUUAUUAAGAUUAUCUUUUUUUUCAAGAGAAAACAAGACCAAUAAGUCAUUAGACUAUAAAUUUCAAGUUAUAAAGACAAGUCACAAAAUCAGUGACUGUAAGCAAAAAUUUACUGAAUGAAUUGUAUAUAUGAAAUUCUAAUCACUUGUGAUUCUUAGUUAAAAGUUUAUAAUCUUUGUAGUUUACAAGGGCCUCUAUUUUUAUUUAUCCAAAAUUACGGGUUUUGUCCAUUUUUCUCAGCCUUUUGCAGAACUAUGCAAGAGUGCUGAAACUUGGAUGAAAUGGGUCAUCCAUACAGAAAAAAGUAAUCUAAAAAUACCUUUUAAGAGGGUUUUAGUAGUUUCAAUUUUUACCAAAAGCACUAUGUGACCAUAGCAUAAGUAUAUUUUAAAGAGGGAUUAAGAUGAAAUAAAAUAAUGGAUUCAUAAAAUUGCUAUUUAAAUACAGUAUUUACUUUUGCAAUGAGAGCAUGAUUCCAUUCCCAGCUGUUGCAUUUCAUUUCACAUUUCUAGAUUAGUCUUUACUUUGUAGUUAAUCAUGAAAGCCAUCUUCUCCCAACUCCAUCCAUUUCUGAACAUGCUAAAGCACUUUGAUCUUGCCAUGAGUGUUGUCCUACAGCACUGGCUGUGUUCACUAAUGGGAGCCCUUAGCUCACCUGCUCUCCAACUUGGGAAAAUGCCAGUACCUUCUCCCUGCCAUCAGCAGGAACCAACUGAAAUUAGCCUUUACAGCCUGAAUCACUUUUUAAUGCCAUGACCAGUGAGCAUAAUGAUGAUGUCUGAAUAAGGAACCAGAUUUACAAUUGCAUUUAAUGAAAUAAGAGAGAAGGUUCAUGUGCUACUUGUAAAGUUAUUUGGUUCUUUUUCCCCCUCUUUGGAGAGUGUCGAUGAGGAUGCUCUCAGGUAAAGUGCAACCACAAGUUUCUUGAGUUCUUUUAGUCUGUAGAGUAGGCUGUGGCACUCAGAAUGAUUAGAAACUGGAGUCUUAAUUCUUUUCAUCUCUCAUACAUUGAAAUAAAUACAAGUAAAAUUUAGGCAGGAAAUUUGAUUUCCCAAUUUGAUUAAUAGAUUUAGUAACAUAGUGGCCUAGUUUAACAAGUACCUGUUGAAGGCAAUAGAAUAAGUAGAAUUUAAAAAAUAUAACUUUUUUUAGAAAAUGUAGUUGCUAGUCUAAUCAACCUGUAAAUACAUAACUACAAAUAUAGGUUUCUGAGCACCAUCACUAAUUGGUGCCGUGCUUUCAUUUUUUUAUUGUUAGCUUUUAAGAUUCUUAUUUUAUUACUUUUUGUAUCUCUAAGUAACUGAUGGAUUUAAUUUUGAAGGAGAGUUAGGGAAAGUGUAAGUUUUUACUACAUAUAUUCAUUCCAUCUGGAUAAGUUCUAAACUGACAUUGAAGCAUGGCAAAUGUAGAUUACAGUCCAUAACAACUCUCUACAGUUCACAGUUUAAGAACAAAUUUACCUUUAUACAAAAAGAAUAAUUAUUAACUAAUUAUAUUUAGUCGUUGCGUUGGCAACAAAACUACAACAUGGCUACCUUUAGACGUUGUAUGUGUGUGUGUGAAAUUUUUAUUUGUAAACUAUACAUGGUUUGUGACAGUAUGAGCAUGUCGAAGCUACAGCUCAAAACUCAGAAAACAGAUAUGGUUGAAUUUUUUUUUAAAUCCCUAAGUCUCAUGUGAAAGCUGAAUUUGUGACCUUGUGUGACUUUUGGGUCAAAAAGUUUACAACACAUGGAUUUUAGAGUCAAGCUUUAUAGUUUAUACAAUUUGUUGUGUGGAUUGGGUUAUUCCUCAGUAUUUUGACAUCAAAACAUAAUUGUUGAAUAUAUAAAAUAUUACCUGACUCUUUUUUAUAACUAAAAUUAUCCUAGUCAUGUAACAUCUGUAGCUGCAAAAUUUCUGUUUUACGUAUACAAUUACAUGAGGAUUAGAGGAUGACUAAAAUAUAUUUUGAAAUCAAUUCAUAUUUGCAAAACCAUACAUAAAGAUACUGUGGAAUGACCCCUUGACAGUGUUUAAGAGACAUAUGCUGCCGUUACCUGAUUGUCUCAGUUAGGGUGCGGAUGUGUGAGACACACCUUUUUUGCACUUAUGUACAUAGUUCAUGAAAGCAAUCCUUGGAGCUUUUUUUUUUAACGUAAGAAGUCUGUGAUGAUAGUGGAAACAUUAGUAAGAAAGAGUUAUUUCUAAGGCCUUGAGAAGGAGGAUUUUUUGCUUUGCUGUUGUGGAUGCUUUUCUAGUUUGCUACAGCUCACUAUAAGAAAAGGCUGGUAACAGAGAAAAGGUCAACUUUAGCUAACAGCACUAAACAAGAGCAAAAGUAUUUCUUUCAGCAAGACAACUAGCAAUGAUUGUUUGCUUUGUGAAUUAACCCCCACUGGAAACACACACACACACACACACACGCACACGCACAUGCACACACACACACACCAAGUGGGUGUCUAGAAGGAAUUUACUUUUUUAAUGAUUGCAAGCAGUUAAAUAUACUUUAAAGUUACAAAAUAGUUAUUCUCAUUAUGUUAAAAUCAGAUUUCAUCUUUCCCAGAUAAUUAUUGCUAUAUGCAUCAGUUAAUAUGUAUGCCAACUAAUGUGUAUUCCAGGAAUAGUCAAAUUGUUACUGUUGACCUCUAUUCCUCCUUUAAGAUUCAGGCCCCCAAACAAAUAGGCAGUCAAAAGAGCUUACUUAACAGUUAAGUGUGACCAGUAUAGGGCAGUUGAUCACCUUCAACAAAGGAAAACAAGCUUCUGACACAACUUUGGAAAUAACUUUAUUUACAUUAUACCUGCUCAGUGGAAGCUAUUUUCUGACCUGAUUUUACUAGAUUACAGAGUAAUUGAUGUGCCACUGCAGCCUCCCAAUAUUUUGUUUUAACUAAGAAGAGAACUAGCCAAAAUCUUCCAUAGCAUAGGAGCUGAAAGAGAAUGUUUCAAUCUGAUCAUUUCUGCCAGUUUUAUCUCCACACCAAUUGCAAAUAGACAUGGAACUUUCUUAUCCUGCCCAGGAAAUGAGACAGGAAAUGUUGAGGUUAGAUAGGUUAAGGGAAAGAUCACUCUAGGUCUUUUAAGUCCUUCACAAAUUGGGACAUGUAGCUCUUGUUCUCAAGAAGCCCAUCCUGGGUUUAAGAGAGCUGCAACUGGGGCAUAGCAGCCCAUUUUUCUAGUUCUUACAGGAUAGAAAAUAGAGCUAGGGAUGUGGCUCAGUGGUAGAGUACUUGCCUAAUAUGCGCAAGGCCCUGGGUUCAAUCCCCAGCACACACACACAAACAAACAAACAAACAAAACAGAGAGAGAGAAAAAUAAGCCAAAGUCAGAAAGCAAUCCAAGCCUUAUAGUUGUCAAAUAGCUCAGGGCCAGCUGGUUAGAAAUUUCUUUUUUUUUUCUUUUUACUUCCUCAUUUCAUAAGCACUUAAGAGUCCGUCAUAUAACCAUACAACUAACAGCCUGACAAUCUAACCACCAUUUCCAUUGAUGUAAAAUGUUAGCAUUCAUUCAUUCUAUAGUUAAGAAUUCACCAACAUAAUUUCCCAAUUUAACCUGUAUCCUUGUUUUGACAUAUCCUUGUGAAUAUAUAAGCCACAAGAAUAUAUUUUCAUAAGGUCAAGAGAGAAAUGAGUUUUUUUGUGGUUUAGUUUAUUUUAUUGCCAUGCUGAGGAUUGAAUCCACGGCCUCAUGCAUGUUAGGCAAGUGCUCUUACCACUGAGCCACAUCCCAGCCUGAACUCUGAGAUUUUAAGUCAGGAAAAAUCAUCCAUAAAAUAGCAAGAAUAGUCCUAGAAGCAUAGCAGGAGAUAUUCAAUAAAUUUACAACAUGGUGUGCCUGCUGACAGCAUCUGGGUUGCAUUCUUUGGAGCUUAAACACAGUGGCUGUCUUUAAGUAAAACAAAUUAGGAAACGAAGUAUAACAAAUGCAUGAGAGACCCAAAAAUAACCUCAGCUAGGAUUCAGUUUGACUAAUUCAGUAUCCAGUCCCUUUACUUGUCCAUGCCUAUAAGGAAAUUACUCAUUAAUACUCAAAAACUCAAUUAUUCCAGAGAAAAUUUAUUUUUAUAUAGAACCCAUCCUCAAUUAUGGUUUACUUAAAAGGAAAAAAAAAUGUAUUACUGUGAAAUAAGUUACCACUCUGCAGAUACUGUAAACAUUCCUCACUAGUCAUCUUCUAUAUCAUGUUACUUAAAAAAAAAAAAAUACCUCUGUAACAACACCGAAAAGUAACCUGACUAUUAAGUAGGCAUUUUUUCUCUCCUAAACGCAUAACCUGAAGAUUUAUCUAUCUUAGAACUGCAUGAUUCCAAAGCUUAAGUCUAUAUACAGAUGCUAUUUGUUAGUAAUGGAAAGCAAAUUAUUUUAUUGUUGUCUUUUGUGUCUAGCAGUUGAGGGAGUGAUGUGAACAUCAUUUAUUCUGAGGAUGACCUUCCCAAAAUAAAUUUCCUUUUAUUGUUAUCAUUGCCACUUUAGUUACUAGAAAGUGAAUAAUUUGUUUCCAUGCUCCCAAUUACAUUCAUUUAAAAUUAAGGAUUUUUUUGUUUUUUAUUUUUGAGAUAGAGUCUGGCUACAUUGCCCCAGGUUGACCUCAGAUUCCUGGGUUCAAGAAAUCCUCCCAUCUUGGCCUCUUGAGUAGAUGGGACAUGUGUGCCACCAUGCCCAGCUAUAAAUUAGAUUUUUUUUUUAAAAAAGAUCCUAAAUAUACUCUUUUUUAAAAGGCUGAUUUUAUGCAUUUAUAAAACUCUCUGGAAUAUAGACAAUGAAAACAUAUAUUGGGAGCAGAAAAAUGGUAACUUGAAAAUACGUAUAUUAAGAAAACUAUUAACCCUGUGCAACAAUUAUAGUUUCUAAUAAUGAUCAGAAUAUUUUAUUAAUAAAAACCAUUCCCAUGAUGUUUUGUCUCUAAAAUGCAAUAGCUCAUUCCCUCAACGGCAGAUGCUUUGACUUUUUUUUUUUUUUUUGCAAGUUAUAGUGCUGUAGUGCUUGUUUGUGUUUAGAAGUAUACAUUAUGCAACUCAUUUUAGUAUGCUACUUUUAUGUCAUUUUUUGUUCUUUUAAUAAAGUAUGUAAAUUCUUUGGUUAUGUCUUUUUUUAUGAAUCCAUAUUCACACAUUGAGUUCACUUCAAAGCUAUUCAUGUUCUAAUAUAUCAAUCCCAAUAUUUAGUAAUUCUAAUAUAAAAUUUAAAUUUGUGAUUUGGCUCAACAUUAUAUUUCAUACAUAUAGUAAAUUUGUUUCCAAAUACCUACCAGUAUUUUGAAUUAUGUAGAUAAUACAGCCAUUGUGUUAGAUUAUGAUUCCUAUAAGAAUGAAAUUAUUAACACAAGAAAAACAUAUAUUUUAAUAAAAGAAAAGUAAGAAUUUUGAGAUCAUGCUCACUGAUUUCCAUUGUGCCUCAGAAAUCCUGAGGAAUGUUUUAAGAUACAUUAUUAGAAGUUUGUAUGUGCCAGUUAUUCAUUUCCAUUCUGCAUCUUCUGUGUAACAAAUGAAACCAAUGUUGUUCACUUCGUCCUUCUCAAGGUGGGCAUCAAUGGUUUCAUGACAAUGAGAUGCAUGAAUUGUUCCAUUAAGGGGUUUUCUGUCACUUAAAAUUGGUUAUCUCCAAUAAAUGGCACAGAAAGAUAACCAUUUUUAUUCUUUAACAAAACAAAUGUAACUCGAUAAUACUUUAGUCUGUUCAAUUUCUAAAUGCUUCAAAAAACACUAAUCAGGAACUCCUCUGCAUUGAACCCUCUCCUGGAGUCUGGCUAGUAGAAAAUUGAAGUCAAGGGAGUUUGGAUGAGAGGUUGUGAUAAAGUAUUAUUGACCCAUCUAUUACAGCGACAAGGGCCAGAGAGGAGGCUCUGUCCUUAUCCAGCAUCAGCUGUACCAUAUAGAUCCCUCUUGCUCUUUGUUCCCUACUUUACUAUUUCUAAUAUGGUUCCACUUUGGCCUUUCUUGAUAAGCCAACUUUAAGUCCUCCUUUGGUGUGUCACAUGUGUUUCUGUUAGUCUGAUAAUCCCAGCACUAAAACCAGUUCAGUAUACAGACAUUUACAAGAGGUCUUUGGCCUCCUCAGAAUUCAGUUUAUGUCUUUCUCUUUGAAGCUGCUAGAUGGGUAUGAAUUCAGGGCAGGCAUUCCCAACCAUUGUCAAAAUGGGAACUGAGUUUCUAUUGGUUAGGGGAAAGUUGACCCACAGAUAAAACCUGAAGUAAACCAAGUUUGUCUUGGGUAUGUUUCAUUGUUCUUUCACAACACCCUUCAAAGGCCCUCCCUUCCUCAUUCCUGAUGGUGGUCUCUAGCUCUCUAAAAGCCCUGUGGUAGCAACUUCUCAGGCCUGCCUUCUUAGUAGACCUGGAAUUUUUCCCUUCAGAACUUUCCUGUUGGGCAUCUCGGGCUAUGGAAAGCAGCUCAUAGCUGAGAUCUAAGGAAAAAAAUCAUACUCUGGUGUAAUAGAAUGGCAGUGCUUCAUGUGCUGCCCCUCCUGAGUGUCUGUAUUAAAAAGGCAAGACUCUCCAGUGGCACAGUAUUGAAUAUCAGAUGGCCACAUGCAUGGAUAAAUGAGAUGUUUUACUGAAGCAAACCUCUAGGCGUUGAAUCUCAGAAUUUAGGAGCAGCAUCAAAUUCCUAUUGACCAAUAGAGCAGUCAUUUACCACUUCAGAAAGGCCAAAAAGUGAAGACCCUUGUAAUAUCUUAAUUAUCAGGAAAAUUCUGAUAUAAUAAUGAACCCCCAAAAUAUUGCCUAGACUGUGAACAUCUCAAAGUUCCACAGGUAGAAUCUAUGCACACGACCAGCAUCUGUACAGAGCAUGACAUAGAGACAGGCCUAAUACAUGAUUUUGUUUCUGGAGUGAUUUAAUGCCUAUACAUGUUAAUAUAUAGGCAUGUGUGUUAACAGGUGAACACACAUACUCUGAUGUUUUUUAACUUGGCUCUUUCCUGUACUAGAAAUCCCCAUUUAAUUGAGCCCUCACAGAUUUUCCUUAGUAACUUAUACUUCUUCCUUAGUAGGGCAGUGAAUAUCUGGGGAACAAAAGCAAACGGCUGCAAACAAAGUACUUUAGAUAGAAGGGGCAGCUACUAGGACAUAGGAUAAGGUUUGUGAGAAGUACAGAAAGUCUAAUUCUCAUCUGUAGAGACAUGCCCAAAGCAAAAGCUCAGAAUUCUGAAGUGGAUACAGAAGUCAAUAUAAAAAGGAAGUUCUAUACUGGGAGAGGUGGUGCACAUCUGUAAUCCCAGCAACUCUGGAGGCUGAGGCAGGAGGAUCACAAGUUCAAAGCCAGCCUUAGGGUAUUAGAAAUGCCCUAAGCAACUCAGUGAGACCCUGUCUGUAAACAAAAUAUUUAAAAAGGGCUGGGUAUAUGAUUCAGUGGUAGUGCCCCUGAAUUCAAUCCCUGGUAACAAAAAAAAAAAAAAAAAUUCUAGCACUUUUGUGUUGUGCAUGGGAACAGCACAGUGCAGAGGCAGGCAGAGUUUCCAGUACAAAGUACAGCAGACACAUACAAAAUGACAGGUUUUCCUGAUGAGAGAUAUGGAGAUGUCUCCCUGUAAGUGAUACAGUGCACUGUCUGUGUGCAAAUGCAAAGAGAGACAGAGGUGAAAUAUCAUGGAGUAACAGUGGAUGAAUAGCAGAGACAGCAUCUGCUAAAGCAGAGAGCCUGUUCAUUGAAAACUGGACUUAAAGGAAUCUGAGGAGUGUCUAUAAUUAGGAUGUUUUUCUAGAGAUGUAAUAUGGCUACAGAUGAUGAUGAUCUGCCCCUCAGGGAUCAGUGUAGUUCUCAAGAAGAGGAUGGGGAAGAUUAAGAUUGGGACUGAGACUUUGCCUUUAUCUUUCAUGACCUGAAGAAUUGAACAAUUAUUUAUUGAAAAAAUUGGCAUGUAACAGAGAAUCCCAUUUGUGUUAAUUAUAUAUAAAUACAUUGUAAGUUGUUAUUGAUGUGCCUUUGUUAACUCUGUAAUAAAUGCGUGUGUUUAGUUCA